UCGUUUAAAACCAUGACUUCAGUUAAGUCCUUUGUGUUCCCGUUGGUGUUUUCCCUUUUUCUCUUCAUCAGCAACAGUGAAGCAAUCUGGUGCUACCGAUGCAAUUCCGCUACCCCAGGAUGUGGUGAAAAUUUUAACUGGCGUGGCAUCGGCUAUCUUGGUGAUCCGUGUCCUGAGGAUGACGACGUGUGUGUGAAGGUGAUCGAGCGCAAGGGAACAAUCGAAACGUACACCCGCGAUUGUUUGAGCUCGCUACAGGGAUUCCGCACGGACAUCCCGGCCGACAAGUACGAAGGAUGCCGUCCAGCUGCAAAGGAUCUCAACCUAGCUCACUACGUUAAUACGUCGAUCAAGGAGCUGGACGUGAAGCGAGAUCAUUUCGAUUCGACGACGUUCUGUUUCUGCUUUUUAGAUCACAGAUGCAACGGUGCUCCGGCAUUGAUCAGCACCGGACACAUCUGGAAGUUGCUGUUUAGCUCCUUAGUGCUAGGAAUAACCGCAGCGCUAUUGCGAUAA